CAACUGAAUUCCCGUUGUUUGCGGACCCUCCCGCGCGCCCUAUAUAUUUAACCACACUCCUAGAUGGAACUUCACCUGACGCAAUUAACUUCUUUAAUCUUCCUUCUUCUUCAGACAACGUUGUUUAAUUUCUUUCUUAACUAGAAAUUUCCCUUCAUAAUGGGGAAAGGGAAGGCCAAAAUCGAGAUUAAGAAAAUCGAGAACGUGGAGAGAAGGAACGUGGCCUUCACCAAGCGCCGCCAGGGUCUCUUCAAGAAAGCCCACGAGAUCUGCCGCCUAUGCCCGGGAACCCGCGUCGCCGCCCUCGUCUUCUCCCUCGACGGGAAACCCUACAUCUUCGGCGACCCCAAUGCCCUCCUCAGGGCGGCGGGCGGGAGUUUGGGCGAGUCUGAUUCUGGCGGCGGGUACGGUGGGAUUUCGGCGAGCUGGUGUCCUGGCAC